CAAAGCUACAAAGAGCUGGACAUCUGCUGUGGGAAAGGCACACAGAGAAAAAUGCACCAUUAUAGUCCAAACAACGCUUGCACCUGAAUAAAUUCGCCAAGCAGGAGCAAUCAGCAAAGUUUCUUAGGUGGCCCUAACAUAACAUCUUUUCUUCAAAAAACAUAGCAAGAAACCUCUCCCAGCACUAAAAAUAACAUUAUUCUCCAAAUUUCACUGCUUUCUAAUUUACACCUACAGAGCAGCUCACUUUUCCUCUCCUGUUACCACAAACAUCAUCCCACCUUCUGAGGGGCACUGAGGGCUGAAAGCUCCAGAUUCACACAGACACCACGGGAGCUCUGCAAGAGCCUGGACCACCAUCGCUGCCGCGGGGACACGCUGAUCCAGCCGAUGGGCUCAGAGCCCUUCCUUGUCCCGAGGCUCACAACCCACAUCCGCGGAGAGAGCAGCUCCGAGGACUCGGGGAGAUGCGGCACUGACCCGCCCCAGCUCGGUGGCUGUCCCGUGUGGGCAGGUCCCGGGACGGGGCGGGCACGGCACGGCCGUCAUUAAAUGCUGCUCGACGGAGCAGCAUUCCCGGCUGGAGCUAUGGCGACCUGCGUGCAGCUCAACACCGGGGCCAAGAUGCCCCUCAUGGGGCUGGGCACAUGGAAGUCUGCAGCUGGGCAAGUCAAAGCUGCAGUGAUGGCUGCCAUCGAUGCCGGGUACCGCCACUUUGACUGUGCCUAUGUGUACCAAAAUGAGAGUGAAAUUGGGGAAGGGAUCCAGCAGAAAAUCAAGGAAGGUGUUGUGAAACGAGAACACCUCUUCGUCGUCAGUAAGCUGUGGUGCACGUUUCACGAGAAGCCUCUGGUGAAGGGAGCCUGCCAGAAGACUCUUGCUGACCUGAAACUGGAUUAUCUGGAUCUCUACCUCAUCCACUGGCCUACUGGGUUGAAGGCAGGAGAGGAGCUGUACCCCAAAGAUGACAAAGGCAUGUCUAUACCCAGCAACACAGAUUUUCUAGAUACAUGGGAGGCCAUGGAAGAGCUGGUGGACUGUGGUCUGGUAAAAGCCGUUGGAGUCUCCAACUUUAACCACGAGCAGAUUGAAAGAAUCCUGAACAAGCCAGGACUGAAGUACAAGCCUGCAAAUGUCCAGAUCGAAUGCAAUCCAUACCUUACCCAGGAGAAGCUGGUACACUACUGUCAAUCCAAAGGGAUUGCUGUGACAGCAUACAGUCCCCUUGGCUCUCCUGACAGACCAUGGGCUAAGCCAGAGGAUCCUUCCCUCCUGGAUGACCCCAAGAUCAAAGACAUUGCAGCCAAGCACAAGAAAUCCACAGCACAGGUUCUCCUUCGCUUCCAGAUCCAGAGAAAUGUGAUUGUGAUUCCCAAGUCUGUCACACCACAGCGCAUUGUGGAGAACUUCCAGGUGUUUGACUUCAAAUUGACUAAAGAGGAGAUGGCAACUAUUUUCAGCUUUAACAGAAACUGGAGAGUCUAUACAAUGAGCAUGGCCAAAACUCACAAGGACUACCCAUUCAAUGCAGAAUACUGAAGAUGGUUAUAUCCUGCCCUCCUUCAGUGCUUGGUUUGAUAUUCUUCCUAUCAGUUUAUCUAGCUUUUUUAUUGCAUCUCUCCUCCUGCAGCAAUGAAGUCACAGCAUAUGUAUUUAGUGAUUAUAUUUUGUUUGUUCUCUUUGAAAGAAAGAUACAGUAAAAUUGUUCAAA